AUGUCUACCGGAGCUGUUGUAGCGUGUGUUGUCAUUUCAACAGCUGUUAUUUUCAAUUUUGCUUUGCACAAGAUAGAAGAAGGUCAUGUUGGAGUAUACUAUAGGGGUGGUGCUUUGUUACAGAGUACAAGUGGUCCAGGAUACCAUUUUAUGAUCCCAUUUAUAACAUCAUUCAGAUCUGUUCAAUCAACUUUACAAACUGAUGAAGUCAAGAAUGUGCCAUGUGGUACAAGUGGUGGCGUAAUGAUCUACAUUGACAGGAUUGAAGUAGUGAAUAUUUUGAAUUCUGAUAAUGUUUAUGAAGUUGUUAAGAGGUACACAGCCGAUUAUGAUAAAACUUUAAUAUUCAACAAAAUCCACCAUGAACUCAAUCAGUUUUGCAGUAGCCAUACCCUUCAGGAGGUAUACAUUGAUCUGUUUGAUCAAAUUGAUGAGAAUCUAAAGAUUGCACUACAGAAGGACCUUCUUGUCAUGGCUCCUGGACUAACUGUUCAUGCUGUGAGAGUAACAAAACCAAAGAUUCCAGAAAGUAUCAGAAGGAAUUAUGAAGUAAUGGAAGGAGAGAAAACUAAACUGAUGAUCGCUCAGCAGAAACAAAAAGUCAUAGARAAAGAAGCUGAAACUGAGAGAAAAAAAGCUGUCAUUGAGGCUGAAAAACAGGCACAGGUAUCCCAAAUCCAGUACCAACAGAAGAUUAUGGAGAAGGAAAGUCUUAAGAAGAUGUCACUKAUUGAAGAUGACACUCAUCUGGCUAGAAUGAAAGCUCGUGCUGAUGCAGAUCUCUAYAUUGCACAGAAAGAAGCAGAGGCCAAUAGAGUAAGUCUUAAACUUUAAU